CUUAAUGGAUCCAAUUGGCUUCCAGAGAGUGGUAGGGGAUGUUUUAUCCCAUGUCGAUGGCCUUUCAGCUGAUUCCCUGGUGGCCCGCUGGAAUGCGGAGUUAACCAGCGCUAUUGACUGUCUGGCUCCGAAGCGCCCUCUCAGAUUGCAUGGAGCCCGGACAGCCCCGUGGUUUUCCCCGGCGCUGAGGGCGAUGAAACAGUCGUUGAGACGGCUAGAGCGCCGGUGGCGGAAAACUCAUUUUGAAUCAGACCGGACACGGGCUAGAGCUCAACUUCGAGCCUACCAAGUGGCAAUGGCGACAGCGAAGAGGACCUUCUUCACCGUCUCCAUCGCAUCUGCAGAAAACAGCAGCAGGAGACUCUUCCAGGUGGUUCGCAAUUUAGCGGAACCACCUGCUCCAUCCGGGCCCAGUACGGGCCACAUGAUCUCCUGCAAUGAUUUUGCAAAGUUUUUUGCAGAUAAAGUCGCUCAGAUUCGGGAAGAGGUAGACUCCACCGUGGGAGCAGGGCCGGGGCGGGGGAGUGCUAGAGUCCUGUCUAGUCAAGUUUUGUGGGAUCAAUUUCAAUCUGUUACCUCCGAGGAUGUGGACAGGCUGCUUCGACGAGUGAAACCAACCACCUGUCUCCUUGAUCCUUGCCCAUCCUGGCUUAUAAAAGCUAGCCAGGAAGGGCUGGGCGAUGGGCUUCGCGGGUUGGUAAAUGCUUCUCUCCAUGAAGGAGCCUUCCCAGACCCGCUGAAAGAGGCGGUUAUUAAACCGCUUCUUAAAAAACCAUCUUUAGAUCCGGCCAAUAUGGCCAACUAUCGCCCAGUCUCAAAUCUUCCAUUCUUGGGCAAGGUGAUUGAGCGAGUGGUUGCUGAACAACUUCAGGCACGCCUGGAAGAAGCGGACCAUUUGGAUCCCUUCCAGUCAGGAUUCAGGCCUCACCAUGGGACUGAAACUGCCUUGGUCGCACUGGUCGAUGAUCUCCGGCGGGCUAGGGACAAAGAACCAGUGAAGGCGGUGAAGGUCCUGUGUGAGUGCUUGGAGGCGGUUGGAGGAUGGAUGGCGGCUAACAGAUUGAGAUUGAAUCCUGACAAGACAGAAGUACUGUUUGUGGGGGACAGGAGGCGGGCGGGUGUGGAGGACUCCCUGGUCCUGAAUGGGGUAACUGUGCCCCUGAAAGACCAGGUGCGCAGCCUGGGAGUCAUCUUAGACUCACAGCUGUCCAUGGAGGCACAGGUCAACUCUGUGUCCAAGACAGCUGUUUAUCAGCUCCAUCUGGUACGCAGGCUGAGUCCCUACCUGCCCACUGACUGUCUCUCCAGAGUGGUGCAUGCUCUAGUUAUCUCUCGCUUGGACUACUGCAAUGCGCUCUACGUGGGGCUACCUUUGAAGGUGACCCGGAAACUACAACUAAUCCAGAAUGCGGCAGCUAGACUGGUGACUGGGAGCGGCCGCCGAGACCACAUAACACCGGUCCUGAAAGACCUACAUUGGCUCCCAGUACGUUUCCGAGCACAAUUCAAAGUGUUGGUGUUGACCUUUAAAGCCCUAAACGGCCUCGGUCCGGUAUACCUGAAGGAGCGUCUCCACCCCCAUCGUUCUGCCCGGACACUGAGGUCCAGCUCCGAGGGCCUUCUGGCGGUUCCCUCACUACGAGAAGCCAAGUUACAGGGAACCAGGCAGAGGGCCUUCUCGGUAGUGGCACCCACCCUGUGGAAUGCCCUCCCACUAGAGGUCAAAGAGAACAACAAUUACCAGACCUUUAGAAGGCAUCUCAAGGCAGCCCUGUUUAGGGAAGCUUUUAAUGUUUGAUGGAUUUCUGUAUUUUAAUGUUUGAUGGAUCUCUGUAUUUUAGAAUUUCUGUUUUGUUGGAAGCCGCCCAGAGUGG